UAAUUCCUCCCUCUUUUCCAGAGGCGGUGGACUAUAAUGUCCUUCAAUUUCCUAUUUGCCAUACAACAUCGUAUUUGCACCUUUGUAUUCUCUUGCCACUGUUUUAUGAUGUGCCGCCGUCGCCAAGUCCGGAAUGUCUACCUUCAAUGUGGCCAUGCCGUCAAUCUUCCUGAAAUAUACAUUCGAUGCGAGGAGUCCAACUGUAAGUUCAGUAUUUUCCAUCCCGCAAGCUGCAAAGCCCCUGCUUGCCUUCGUACCUGUUGGCAAUACCAUCGCUAUCCUGAACAGUACUCUCCUCACAUCGAUUCAUAUUGCCCCUCCUGCAGUUCAUAUCAGCAAUCUCGGGGCCACUAAUGUCUGGCAUGCAUCCAGAGCUCUCAGCUGAAGGACUUCCAAAAAUUACAUCUUGGUCUAUCUCAAUGAAACAUGUAUUAGCAUCACGUAUUGGUGACAUGUUUUCUAAAAGCGUACUGGUCGGGUGUGGCCAUCUCAAGCUGAGCGUGGCUGCCCAACGUGCCUGAUUGAUAUCGAUCGAGCCGAUCGGACAUAUAUCCUCAGGGUUGCUUGACGCCAAACUAGUCGGGCUAAGAACUAUUACGGUUCUGAUCUACGGUAAUCUAAGAGACAGAGUAUGCUUCUUAAGACUCG